CCUCUUCCUGCUUGCUAACUCUACGGCGACUGUGCAAUUGACGCCCAGGUAGACAUUACUAUCACAUACACACAUAGCACUUAACCCACCCAAGUUUACUGAGGAGGAAGAGGGAAAAGAAAAAGGCUGCUGGUACCUCUUCUGGACAGCUAGCCUGGGUGACCUGGAUAGCUAACACACCUGUGUGAGCUUCACUGAAGAAUGUAGCUGCAGCCUCCAGCCAAGCCACGGGAAACACGCCACCAUGGGAGAAGCUCAAAAGACCUCCUCUACCUCUAUGCAGGGCUUGCUCUCUGUCAUUGAGAAACUGAAGGGAUCCACAGAGCAGGAGGUCAGGAUAGUGCUUCUGGGGCUGGACAACGCCGGCAAGACCACCCUGCUGAAGAGCCUCGCCUCUGAGGACGUGAACACCAUCACACCCACACAGGGCUUCAACAUAAAGAGUGUUGCCUCUCAUGGUAUGAAACUCAACGUUUGGGACAUUGGAGGACAGAGGAAGAUCAGGCCCUUCUGGAAAAAGUACCUGGAAAACACAGACCUGUUGAUUUAUGUUAUUGACAGUGCAGACAAGAAGCGGUUUGAAGAGACAGGACUGGAGCUGUCCGAGCUGAUCGACGAGGAGAAUCUAAAAGGCGUUCCAGUGCUCAUCUUUGCCAACAAGCAGGAUCUGGCCACAGCGUCACCGGCCAGUGAGAUCGCUGAGGGACUCAACCUGCAUACAUACCGGGACCGUGAGUGGCAGAUUCAGGCCUGCUCAGCUGUGUCUGGAGAGGGAGUUCAGGAUGGCAUGAACUGGAUUUGCAACAACAUUGUGAACAAGAAGAAGUGAACCGGUCACUACACUGACCAGAGUCAAAUUGACAACCACCAUCUCAUAAGGGAUUGAAAAAAAGAUUCCACUUGAUUAAAUAUCAACACACCUCACCUAUGACAGAUCCUGCUCCCCUCACAGAUUUGAACGAUAAUUUUGUUUUUACAAAUUGUGUCAUUUUUAUGAAAAUUUUGCAAAUGUAGCUCAUUGAAUUGUAACAUUUUAGCUAUAAUAAGUGAAUUAUUAAUCAUUGUUCUACCCCAAAAAUGUAUGUUUUUGUUCCUCUUAUCCCAAGGAUCCUUGUCUGGUGAAUCUGUGUCCUUUCUUAAACACUAAGAAAACCAAGCUGAGUGUGUAGCCAUGUAGAACUGUUGUAGUUUGUCAGUCACAUAGACACCAGUUCAGUGUGAGUGUAAAGUAUGUGUUUUGAGAUUUUUGACAGUAAAAUAAUUAGUAAAUUC